AUGGUUUCGUAUCGGGUGGGCAUCCUCACCGUCUCGGACACUGCCUCGUCCGAUCCCUCAUUGGACCGCUCCGGACCCAUCCUCUCCACUCUCCUCACCGAAGCUGGCUUCACCGACAUCACCCGCGAUGUCUGCCACGACGACCUGCUUUCCAUCCGCUCGACAGUACAAGGGAUGAUCGAUCGAUCCCAUUUCGACCUGGUCAUCACCACCGGCGGCACGGGGUUCGGUCUCCGAGACGUAACGCCUGAAGCCCUAACGCCACUGAUCAGACGCCAAACACCAGCGCUCACGCACGCACUGACCGCAUUCUCCCUGACCAAAACGCCGCUCGCCGCUCUCUCCCGCGGUGUCACUGGGAUUCGAAAACGCGAGCACGGAGCAGGAGAGUCGCUCAUCGUCGCGCUACCGGGGAGCCCGAAGGCUGUGAAGGAGUGCAUGGAGGUGCUUCUCGGCGGGGGGUUGCUAGGGCACGCAUUGGAGCUACUCAGCGGCGGGUCCGGGGAGAGGAAACACAAAGAGAUGCAAGGCAGUCUACACAGAGCUACCGCUGGGACGGUGGAUACUGCGACCGAUACCGGCUGUGCUCAUCACCACCACCACGGGAAAGGGCUGCACGCCCACUCGGCACCCAAACCACGCACGACCCCCGCCGAACACUCCGAGUUUCGCACCAUCGACCCCACGUCCGGGCCGAGUCUACGCCACCGUUCGUCGCCCUAUCCGCUGCUUAUGCUGGAACAGGCGCUCUCGCUGAUCGCAGAGCACACGCCCGCACCCACCCACACAGUGACGCUGCCUGUGGGUACGGAGCUGGUUGGUCACGUGCUGGCGGAAGACGUGUGUGCCACUACCGACCUGCCCCCGGGACCCACGACCAAUGUCGAUGGAUAUGCGGUCAAUGCUGCCGCCACGCCAGCGGGAGAGUAUGACGUGGUGACGCUGCCCACUGUCCAAAGGCGUGGCUUGCAACCAGGUGAAAUCAUGCGUAUCAACACGGGUCAAGGCCUGCCUGCUGGGACGGACGCAGUGGUCAUGGUUGAAGAUACCGAGCUGGUCUCCGAGGCGAAUGGUGAAGAGUUCCGGGUGGCGGUGCUUGCCCAGGUGGAUGUGGGGGAGAACGUUCGGGCCAAAGCAAGCGAUGUCCAGGCUGGGCAGGUGGUGCUUCGCAAGGGAACAACGAUCAGCGCGUUGGGUGGGGAGAUUGGUACGCUCGCCUUCCUCGGUCGCUCCUCUGUAACAGUAUACCGCAAGCCAAAAGUGGCGAUCCUGAGCACGGGGAACGAGCUCAUCGACCCCACCUCUUCACCUUCCCCAGCGGGGGCAGAAUGGGGAUUCACGGUAUUUGACGCAAACCGACCUUCCCUUCGCGCAGCCAUCACCGGUCUUGGUUUCGACGUACUCGAUCUGGGCAUUGUCACCGAUCACAUUCCCACCACCCUCACCGCCCUCCGCCGCGGGCUCUCGGAAGCAGACAUCGUCCUCACCACAGGUGGAACGUCCAUGGGCGAAUCGGACCUGCUCAAGCCACUCAUCGAGCGCUCCCUGUCUGGCAAGAUCCACUUUGGCCGCGUAGCCAUGAAGCCGGGCAAACCGACCACGUUCGCCACCAUCGGCGAUGACAAGGUCGUCUUCGCUCUGCCGGGGAAUCCAGCGUCCGCACUGGUGACAUUCUACGUCUUCGUCCUGCCGUGCCUGCGCAAGUGGGCCGGCUACGCGCCAACACGCACGGCGGAGGGCGAGUCGCAGUGGAACCUGCCCAAAGUGGAGGUGGUGUUAGGAGGCGAGAUGCGCUUGGAUCCCAGACCGGAGUUUCACAGAGUUGUGGUGAGGAGUGAAGGGGACAAGGGUCUGGUGGCGUACAGUACGGGCAGUCAGAGGAGUAGUGGGAUGCAUAGCAUGGCCAGUGCCAAUGCGCUGAUCGCGCUACCGGCGUUGUCGGCCCCGGGAAUGAGGGUGUUGGGCGUGGGGAGCAGGGCGGAGGCCAUCUUGCUCGGUCCUGUCAUUUGA